UGCAGCACCUCACUUAUGAGGACAGGCUGAAGGAACUGUGCUUGUUCAGCCAGGAAAAGAGAAGGCUGUGAGGAGACCUCGCUGUGGUGCGAUAUACUUCCAGUACAUCAAGGGAGUUUAGAAACAAGAGGAAAAUCAACUUUUUGCACGGGUAGGUAGCGAUAGGGGAACGGUUUUCAACUGAAAGAGGGGGCAUUUAGCUUAGAGGUCUGAGGAGGGGGGAUUUUACUGAGGGAGCAGCGAGGGGUGGAGCAGCGUCCCCUCAUCCGCCCGCCCAGCCCCCAGCAGGUAACGGUCGGGCCGCCCCCAAGAUGGCGCCGCGCUGAGGCGAGCCCGCGCUUGGUGCUGAGCGGUGCUGCCUCCACACCGCCCCGUUGUGGGUCGGCUGCUGCGCCGUUCUGAGGCCCCAAAGAGCGGCCGAGGUUUUGACUCCAAGUGGAAGACAGAUCUUUGAAAUACGUGAUGGCCACUUGUCAGCUUUUAAGUAGGCAGAAGAAUAAGUCCUCUAAGGAAUUUCUGUUGUUCCCCAACAAAAUCACUACUAAGCAGCAGUCUGUGGUGCUGGUGAAAAGACUUCUGGCCAUCUCUGUCUCCUGCAUAACAUACCUGAGAGGGCUGUUCCCUGAGAGUUCUUACGGAACUCGCUAUUUAGAUGACCUCUGUCUAAAAAUUCUGCGAGAAGAUAAAAGCUGUCUGGGAUCGUUUCAGAUAGUCAAGUGGAUUCAAGGUUGUUUUGAUGCUUUGGAGAAGCAGUAUCUACAUGUUGCUGUGCUAGCAAUGUACACCAAUCCCGAGGAACCGGAGACAGUGACUGAACUGUAUCAAUUCAAGUUCAAGUACAAAAAGGAGGUGCCCGAGAUGGACAUCAUCAGCAACAAAACGAACUUUGUGAAUGGAGUGUGCAGCGAGGACAUGAAACAAGCCUGCAGCCUGCUGAUCCGUAAGCUGUACCUGUUAAUGCAAAACCUGGGCCCACUUCCCAAUGACAUUACCCUGACCAUGAAGCUCCUCUACUACAAUGAUGUAACUCCUGAUGAUUACCAACCACCUGGCUUUAAGAAAGAUGACAACCCUGGUGACCUGUUGUUUGAUGGUGAUCCUGUCAACUUGAAACUAGGGUCAGUCUCCACUGGAUUCCACACCUUGAAAGUGAAAGUAACAACUGAAAGCAAAAGAAUGGGGAGAGUUGAAAGCAACCUGAUCCAGAAGAAUAGCCCUACUGAGAUCUCCCAUCCAGGGUUAGACUGUGAUGAAGAGGAAGAGGAGGAAAGCACUAAGAACAACCCUCUCCCUGUCAGAGCAGAUUCAGAUGAGCAUGGAAAGGACAGAAAUUAUACCCAUCCAGGCCUGGGAACUGAAGCAUCUUCUUUUUGCCUUCAAGAUACAGGUGAAAAGGGAAAGAUGAAAAUAAAAGAGAUGGGCAGGCGGCCUUCCUCACAGGCAUCUCAGCAGAUAAGGUGCCUGAACCUUGCGUUUAGCCAGGAAGAGGUAAUAGGACCCAAGAAGAAAAGGAAGGUCAGUGAACCAGAGAAGCUGCUUCUGGAAGGCAGGAAAUGAUGUUUGUUCUGCCACACAAUGCAUUUCAGAAGGUGUGAGUUCGUGUUGUCAUCUGACUGGUAAAGACCUUAAUUCUCUCCUCAUAUUUAACUCUCCACAUGCCACACAUAUUUCUGCAUACUUUGUCUUGUACAAAGUUUGGAUUGCAAAGAGGCAGUAGGCACCACAGCUGUCAUGACUGGAGGCCAACAGCACUUGUUUCAUGUUUUAAAGUUGAGGAUUGGCGAUUUGAUGUGGACAGUAUUAUGUGCUUCUUUCUGCUUGCCUCCCUCCCUCCCACCACACACACAUCCCACUGGCUAAAUUUGUUCCUCUCUGGCUGGGCUGUCCCUUGCCAAUAUGUUAUCAAUAUCAACAGCACUAUUUCAGGAUGAACUUUCUGAGAUAUCGAUGGCAGCAAACAAGUUUCAUGAUUCAUUAGAUUGUGCUUCAUUCUAUCUACAGUUUCCGGAGCAUAGAUUUUAUUUUAUUUUUUUUCAGAGAAGGGUUUUUAUCUAUAUUGAAUGCAGAGAUAAAGUAAUCUAUACACAUUUUCUGCUGUUGCUGCUGAAUGUUUUUUUUUUUUCUUUUUUUUUUUCUGACUCUGCAAGUAGUGUUGCUAUGGUUACAAUAUCAACUUACUUCUGAAGCAGCAAUCCACUUCGUACCAAGAGGCAUAGUUACCCAAUACAGCUUGUGUUGAAAUACACAUGUUUCAAACCUAACUUUUAUAAAGGUACCUCUUGAUGGCCAAAUAUAGGUAAAGAGAGCAGCAGCAGUAAAAGAAAGAAUUUGUGUCCUUUGGAGCAAAGGUGCUGUGUUUUCUGGCAUGUAGAUUGCCUGGCUGACACUCUGCCAAGUUAUAACUGGAGAGGUGUAAAAACCUAAUGGUUAUUAUUGGAGUGGAGCAAAAUGAUCUUAAUUAGUCUUAAACACUGUAAAAAUGAUAUUCAGAGAACAAACUCUGCAUUACUUUAUACAUAAGAAAAGAGAUAAUGAAAUUUGAAAUGCCAAAGGAGGAAAUUUAGAACAACAUCUUCCCAACACAAAGUUGAUCUUACACGAUGGAGGUGGGAUGGAGGAAUAAAAAAGCACUAGAAUGCAGCGGAGUAGUGUCCCUGGUAAUGUAGCAGCAUUCCUGGCAUUUCUGAUACUCAUCAGAGAUAUUUCAGGAUGGAGCUUGAAGGGCAGUAGUGGUUUGGGGUAUAAGGUGUUCCUUUUGUGGCCUAUGUCAGCUCCACAGAAAGGAUUGCUUGGCAGGUACAUGAAGCCAGAUGCAGGCUUCUUGGGCCAGGCACCCGAAGGAUCUGGCUGACGAGGUGGGCGCACACCCCUAAAUGUUCAACAGACCUCCUCCAGGUAGCUGAAUAAGGCACUGCAAUCCUAAUUCUAAUGCCACUCCUGUCCUUCCUUGGGCAGACAGACUGCUGGCAGCCCCUCAGCCUGCAGCAGUGUCUGGCAGGUUUCGUGGCCUAAUGCCUGUUUCACAAAACUUGUAGAACAUGAGAGUUCUCCAUUUUAUCCUCACUUUCAGUCCCGAGUCCUCACAUUUGCACCUGUGGCCUAAUAAGCCAGUUUGUUCACAUGCCAGAGCAAACCAGAAAGCUUCCUUCUGCCCAGAUUUUGUAAUGAUAUUUACUCUCAUGCCUGCACAUCCAUGGGAGGCCUGCGUUCUUCGAGCCCAGCUACGGCUCAGGACCUGCCUUGACCUGAAAGCCGUGCCCUGGUGCUCCUGGAGGUUGUGGUUCUGUGUUCCUGCUGGCUCCUGCCUGCCCCCAAAGCCUCGUUAUGUUGUUGUAUUGUGCGUACGGGAGAAAGACAAACAAGCCUGUGGUUAUGGCUACUAGAGGGAAGCCUGUCAGUCUGCCUUGUGCACACCGGAGAAUGCAAAGUGUCCUGUCCCGCAAUGAAAGUGAAGGAGGCUGUCUCAUGUUACCACACAGCGAGAGUGAGCACACAGACACCACAAGUAAAUCCACAGCUUAGUCGAGAGUGCUGCCCUGCUUGUAGCCAUGGCCAGAGGCUCACUGUCUCAGUACACACUGCCUUGUAAUCAGCUAUUUUACGGUAACGACUUCUAGUCAUUUUCAUUUCAGGCUUGGUUAGAAAUAAAGUAACUUGUGAUGAACUGCCACGGUAAGCGUCUGAUUUUUCUUUCC